GGCAAGCCUGAGUGGGUCGUUAUAAAUUCUACCCUGUUGAAACAAUGAUGAAGCCCCUUCGAGAUGAGACUUUUUUAGAAUUAUAAUUACGAGAGUCCAGUUGCCUUUUCUUGAUGCUAGUCAUCAACCAGUCAAACACCCUUACUAACAGAAAAUCUUCAUAGAUUUGAAUUAGAGCACAAUUGCGAUUUUUCUUCAUUCGAAGGUUCUGAAACGCAGGGAAUCACGUGACACUUUCGUCAAUCUCCAGUUAUCGUUCGGGCGCGCAGUGCUUUCUGGAGAAUUUCACGUUAGAGCACCACUAACGUUUCUUUAAUCAACCGCCUGACUCUAACGCUAACGUGGAGGUUGCACGCGCCUUCGCGUCUGUUCAAACGGCGCUCACGGCUAGGAUGCUAAUACAUUUAGGUUUCUUGUAUUUCGCCGCGCUUUAUCCCUGCGUGACGCCAGAAAACAAACUGCGGCUUAUCGCUUAUUAAUCGUGGUGUUCUCUCUCUCGAAGAAGAAGGAAAUGUAAGGAACCCACCAAGCUCUGGUAUUUCGUGCGCGAAAAUGCAGAAGGCAAUGCGACUCAAUGAUGGCCACAUCACCUACCUAGGUCUUUUGGCAAAAAAGGACGGCACGAGGCGGGGCUGCCUAAGUAAGAAGAGCUCAGACAACACGAAAUGGCACACGAAGUGGUUUACGCUGCUCCAAAACAUGCUGUUUUAUUUCGAGAGUGAGUCGAGCUCGCGGCCCUCGGGAUUGUACCUGUUGGAGGGCUGCGUGUGCGACCGGUCGCCAUCGCCUAAGCCAUCGCUCUCCGCCAAGGAGUGCUUAGAAAAACAGUAUUAUUUCACAAUCAGCUUCAACCAUGAAAAUCAGAAAGCUCUUGAGCUUCGCACUGAAGAUGUGAAGGACUGCGAUGAAUGGGUAGCAGCAAUAACACAUGCCAGCUACAGAAACCUGGCCACAGAGCAUGAGACUUUAAUGCAGAAGUAUCUCCAUCUGCUUCAAAUCGUGGAGACAGAGAAAACAGUUGCAAAGCAACUUCGACAACAGAUAGAAGAUGGGGAGAUUGAAAUUGAGCGCUUAAAAUCUGAGAUUGCUGGACUGCUUAAAGACAACGAGAAGAUCCAGUCAAACCCCACCAUUGCCCCCAGUGAAGAUGACUCUGAAAUUAAGAAAAUCAAGAAGGUACAGAGUUUCUUGCGUGGUUGGAUGUGUCGGAGGAAAUGGAAGACCAUUAUCCAGGAUUACAUUCGCUCACCGCAUGCCGAAAGCAUGAGGAAGCGAAACCAGGUGGUAUUUAGCAUGCUGGAAGCCGAGGCUGAGUAUGUCCAACAGCUCCACAUCCUUGUGAACAAUUUCCUUCGACCACUCCGUAUGGCUGCCAGUUCCAAGAAGCCACCCAUCACUCAUGAUGACGUCAGCAGCAUUUUUCUCAACAGUGAAACCAUCAUGUUUUUACACCAGAUAUUCUAUCAAGGCCUGAAAGCACGUAUAGCAAGCUGGCCAACAUUAGUCUUGGCUGACCUCUUUGACAUUCUCCUGCCCAUGCUGAACAUCUACCAGGAGUUUGUUCGUAAUCACCAGUACAGCCUGCAGAUCCUGGCACACUGCAAACAGAACCGUGAUUUUGACAAGCUGCUGAAGCAGUAUGAGUCCAAGCCUGACUGUGAGGAGCGCACUCUGGAGACCUUUCUCACAUAUCCUAUGUUCCAGAUACCCCGCUACAUUUUGACUCUCCAUGAGCUGUUGGCACACACGCCUCAUGAACAUGUGGAGAGGAAUAGUUUGGAAUAUGCUAAGUCCAAGCUGGAGGAGCUUUCCAGAAUCAUGCACGAUGAAGUAAGUGAAACAGAGAACAUCAGGAAGAACCUGGCCAUUGAGCGUAUGAUCGUGGAGGGCUGUGAGAUUCUCCUGGAUACUAGCCAGACUUUUGUCAGACAAGGAUCACUUAUCCAGGUACCCAUGAGUGAGAAAGGGAAGAUCACCCGUGGCCGUUUGGGCUCCUUGUCUCUGAAGAAAGAGGGUGAGAGACAGUGUUUUCUUUUCUCUAAACACCUCAUCAUCUGUACAAGAGGCUCUGGGGGGAAGCUGCACCUUACCAAGAAUGGAGUAAUUUCGCUUAUUGACUGCACAUUAUUCGAGGACCCAGAAAGCACGGAUGAUGAGCCAAAAUCAGACAAGAAUAGCCAAGAUAUGGAGCACCUGGACUUUAAAAUAGUGGUGGAGCCUAAAGACAGCCAGGCCUUCACCAUCAUCCUAGUUGCCUCCUCAAGGCAAGAGAAGUCAGCCUGGACCAGUGACAUAAGCCAGUGCAUUGACAACAUUCGUUGCAAUGGCCUUAUGAUGAAUGCUUUUGAGGACAACUCAAAAGUCACUGUGCCACAGAUGAUCAAAUCUGAUGCCAGUCUUUACUGCGAUGAUGUGGACAUCCGCUUCAGUAAGAUGAUGAACUCAUGCAAAGUGUUGCAGAUCCGCUAUGCCAGUGUGGAGCGGUUAUUGGAGCGGCUGACUGACCUGCGCUUCCUGUCUAUUGACUUUCUCAACACCUUUUUGCACUCAUACCGCGUCUUUACCACUGCAGAUGUUGUACUCGACAAGCUCAUUGCCAUCUACAAGAGGCCCAUCAGUGCCAUCCCAGCUCGCUCUUUAGAACUGUUCUUCGCCAGCAGCCAGAAUACUAAGCUGAUAUAUGGUGAACCACCCAAGUCACCCCGUGCCAGCCGUAAGUUCUCCUCACCUCCUCCACUGGCCCUUGGCAAGACUUCUUCUCCAAACAGGCGCCGCAAGCUCUCACUCAACAUUCCCAUCAUCACAGGUGGCAAGGCACUGGACCUUGCUGCACUUACUUGUUCCUCCAAUGGAUAUGCCAGCAUGUACUCAGCCAUUACACCUUUCAGCAAGACCACACUGGAUAUCAACAAGCUCUAUGUGUCCAGCCCUAUCACCAGCAAGAUCAGUGAUGAGGCUGAGGGCAGAUCUGAGCGUGCAGAGGAGCAACAGGAUAUUUCAGUGAGGGAAGAAAGUGACAGUGAGCAGAUCCAGAGUGAUGAGGCAGAUGCAGAGUCUUCACCCACAAAAUCACCUACAACGCCAAAAACUGUCAAAUGCAAAACCUCUUCAGAUUUCUCCCUGUUCUCAUACAAUAAUGGCAUGAUGAUGUCAUCUUGCCGAGAAAUAGACAACAACCGCAGUGCACUUUCGGCAGCAUCUGCUUUUGCUAUUGCCACAGCUGGUGCCAAUGAGGGCACGCCAACGAAGGAGAAGUACCGCCGCAUGUCGCUGGCUAGUACAGGAUUCCCCACAGACCAGAGGAAUGGAGAUAAGGAGUUUGUAAUUCGCCGUGCAGCAACUAACCGAGUACUUAAUGUCCUGAGGCACUGGGUGUCCAAACAUUCACAGGACUUUGAGACCAACACAGAAUUAAAAAUGAAUGUGAUCUGCUUCUUGGAGGAAGUUAUGCAUGACCCUGAGCUGCUGACUCAGGAAAGAAAAGCAGCAGCCAACAUCAUAAGGACGCUUACACAGGAGGACCCUGGUGACAAUCAGAUUGCUCUGGAAGAUGUGGUACAGAUGGCUGUUGGUGGGAAGGCAGAACCCUUUGAAAACCACUCAGCUUUGGAGAUUGCAGAGCAGCUCACUCUGCUGGACCACCUGGUUUUCAAAGUCAUCCCAUAUGAGGAGUUCUUUGGUCAAGGCUGGAUGAAGAAUGACAAAAAUGAAAAGACACCCUACAUCAUGACCACGACUAAGCACUUCAAUGAUGUAAGCAACCUGAUUGCAUCGGAGAUCCUGCGCUGCGAAGACGUGAACACACGGGUGGCCGUGAUGGAGAAGUGGGUGGCAGUAGCUGACAUCUGCCGCUGUCUCCAUAACUAUAACGCUGUGCUGGAGGUAACCUCAUCCCUCAACCGCAGCGCCAUUUUCCGCCUCAAGAAGACCUGGCUCAAAGUUUCAAAACAGACGAAAACAGUUAUUGACAAGCUGCAGAAGUUGGUCUCAUCUGAGGGAAGGUUCAAGAACCUAAGAGAAGCCUUAAAAAAUUGUGACCCUCCAUGUGUGCCAUACUUGGGGAUGUACCUCACAGACCUGGCAUUCAUUGAGGAGGGUACACCAAACUACACAGAAGACAACCUGGUUAACUUUUCCAAGAUGAGAAUGAUCUCCCAUAUCAUCAGAGAAAUACGUCAAUUUCAGCAAACAUCAUACAAGAUUGAUCAUCAGCCAAAGGCAGCCCAGUAUUUGCUAGACAGUAGCAACGUGUUGGAUGAAGAAAGCAUGUACGAAGCCUCGCUCAGAAUUGAGCCCAAAGUGCCCAACUGAGAAGACGGCUUCUGUGAAACUCAAACAGUUGUAUAGACCAUCAUGUAUUCAUACGCAGUAUGUCUUAGGUUAUAUAUUAUUAUGUGUUAUUGUUCCUGUAACUUUUUAUUUCUAGAGGUUAGUAAAGCACACAACCAUUAUCACAUUAUAGAGGAGUUGCAGAUAUCAUGGUAUUUCCCUUUAUAACAGCAUUUUUUUCACUUCCCAGUACCAAAAAAUAAUGUAUAUUAUUUGAGAUCAAUAUAUAAUUAAAUGUUAUUUGGGGUCUCUUUACUGAUUCAGGUCACACAUAAAAUUCUGGUCCUCCCUUUGCUGCGAGUAAUUAUUUGAUGCAUUUCAUAACAAGUAGACAAGUAUUUUUACUG